AUGUCGGACACCGGGGUAAUAACUCAAGAACCCACAGACUUCAAACAUCUUCCAAAUAGAAGUCCAUCUACAACUAUUGAUCGCAGUACAAUGACGAAUGAACCGUUCCAUCCCAACUCUCUUCCGGUAGCCAAGUCACCACGAAUAUAUCGCAAGAAAAAGUAUUUCAUGCAACUUCCAAGAAAGGCGUUUCAAGAGGACAAACCAACGACUUCGAAAAAGGAAAGAACAGUCCCAAUAACUGUCUGUAUAGUCGCGGAGAAGUCAGAUUGUUUGUUCUCGACAGAGAUGCUAUCUGAUAGUACUAAUUAA